ACACUAACUAUGUAUUUCCAGCAAUCCUGGAGGGAUAAAAGAUUAUCCUACUCUGGCAUACCUUUAAAUCUAACUUUAGAUAACAGAGUGGCUGAUUAUCUUUGGGUUCCAGAUACAUAUUUCCUGAAUGACAAGAAAUCCUUUGUUCAUGGAGUUACUGUGAAAAAUCGAAUGAUUCGGCUACAUCCAGAUGGAACCGUUCUUUACAGUUUGCGGAUUACUACCACAGCUGCCUGCAUGAUGGAUUUACGCAGAUAUCCUUUGGAUGAACAAAACUGCACGCUGGAAAUUGAAAGCUAUGGAUACACAACUGAUGACAUUGAAUUCUACUGGAAUGGAGGGGAAUCUGCUGUUAGUGGAGUUAAUAAAAUCGAGCUCCCUCAGUUCUCGAUUAUUGAUUACAAAAUGAUCUCAAAAAGAGUAGUGUUUGCAACAGGGGCUUACCCCCGUCUGUCCCUGAGUUUUCGACUGAAAAGAAAUAUCGGCUAUUUCAUUCUGCAAACCUACAUGCCUUCUACUCUAAUUACAAUUCUGUCUUGGGUAUCCUUCUGGAUCAACUAUGAUGCAUCUGCUGCAAGAGUUGCACUAGGAAUCACCACUGUGCUGACAAUGACCACCAUUAGCACUCACCUCAGGGAAACUCUUCCCAAAAUCCCAUAUGUGAAGGCAAUUGACAUCUACCUUAUGGGCUGCUUUGUGUUUGUGUUCCUUGCUUUACUGGAAUAUGCAUUUGUCAACUACACAUUCUUUGGUAAAGGCCCUCAAUAUCAGAAGAAAGAGGCAGAAAAAGCCACCAAUGAGAGGAAGAAAAUGGAGAUGAAUAAAAUUGACACUUGUGGGAAUAUCCUUCUUACUACCUUGGAAAUGAGAAAUAAAGUCAGCAGCUCCGAUGUGCUUGAGAGUUUGAAUGAUCCGAGAGCCACCAUGUAUUCUUAUGACAGUGCCAGCAUCCAUUACCGGAGACCACCUACUAUGAAAGACCUCAACAGCAGAAGCACCUUGGGGAAACGUACCACCCACCAAAAGGGACGACUACGGAGAAGAGCAUCACAGCUCAAAGUCAAAAUCCCAGAUUUGACUGAUGUUAAUUCCAUAGACAAGUGGUCCAGAAUGGUCUUUCCUAUCACUUUUAUUCUUUUUAAUGUUGUCUAUUGGCUUUAUUAUGUGCACUGA